UAAAAAGUACAGACCAAAGUCUACGAGUGCGAUAAAGAUAGUCUGUUUAUUUUUGCCACGCUCCCAGCGGCCGAAAUAUGAUGAUUCGACUGGUUUUCUGCUUCCUGAUUUCUGUUUUCGUAACAGCGAAUUUCGUGGAUACAUAUAGAUACAAUGAUGACAUACAACAAUUGAAUGAAAAUGUUAUGCAAAAAUUGCUGCAUACAUUGCAUAAUAAUGAAUAUAAGGACAAACGUAGGAAUAUUGAAGACGAGUUUGAGAAUUGGAAUGGACGUUGGAUGCCUGACAGACCAGAUGAUCCAAAACCACCGCCCAAAGUGUUUCCAAAGAAUCAGCAACAAUAUGAAUAUGAAUCUGUAACAGAACUACCUCAUAAGAUGUAUUGGCCUGGGCAUUGGAUGCCUGACAGACCAGGCAAUCCAAAACCACCACCUAAAGUGUUUCCAAAGAAUCAGCAACAACACGAAUAUGAAUCUAUUACAGAGUUACCUAACAAGACACCUGAGGGUUGGAUGUCUGAGAAAUUAAAUGAUCUAAAAUUGCCAUUCAAAAUAUCAAACAAUGAACAAAGUCAUGAAUACAGAUCUAUAGAAGAAUUUCCUCACGAGAUAUAUAUGGGUCGUGUGUCCCCAGAAUGUGAUGAUGCUAAGACUAAUUUAACUAUUGAUUGGGAUCAUACUCCAUCAGAAUACACAUGUUAUGAUCAUACCAUCAUACCAAGUAAGAUUACAGCAAGAAUUUAUUGUGAGAACAUUCCAAAAAUGUAUAAGGCUGCUCAUAAGUGUAUGAACCAAAGAAUUGAAUAUGAUGAUGAUAUUCCUCUUUACGGUCCUCAUAGACCUUUGUGGCCAGUUUACGGAGAAUACAAAUAUUUGCCCAAACAGAGAUGGUUGCAUAGUCUCGAGCAUGGUGCGAUUGUCAUGUUGUAUCACCCAUGCGCAAAUCCAUUAGAAGUAAAACGUUUGAAAAAUCUUAUUAGCAAAUGUCUCUGGCGACAUAUCAUCACACCAUAUAAUUAUCUAGAAGAAGAACGACCCUUAGCGCUCCUAUCCUGGGGAUGCAGAUUAACCAUGUCUUACGUAAAUCCCACGAUAGUGGAACGUUUCAUACAAAAAAGGGCCCUCCAGGGUCCAGAAAAAAUAAUUGACGAUGGUCAAUUCCAGGAUGGACUAAUGAGUCGAUCAAACAUAGUGACAGAUGAAGCUGAUACCGUGCUUUGUCCUAAUAUGUAA